AUGGGGUGCAUCCCCUCGCGUGCGGCGUCUCGGUCCGCCGCGCCAGCGUCCACGCCGGCGCCCGCGUCCACGCCCAGCCCCUGGAGCGAUCUACCGCUGGAGCUGCUCGUCGAGGUCUCUGACCGCCUGCAGCACGCCACCGACUUCGUCCGCUUCCACGCCGUCUGCAGGCCGUGGCGCGACGCGGCGGCGCUGCUCUCCCGCCGCACCUGCCUGCCGUGGGUUCUCACGUUGUGCAACGACGAGAUGCUACACUCCAUCAUCGACUUUCAUCACCCCCUCGAGACGCCGCACGACGGGCACCGCGACUUCAUCCUCGCCGAUCCACCAACUGCGCCACGUGCCAAUAACAGAAUCAGAAUCUGGGUGGCUAGCGCGGAUGGCACGGCUACCUGGCUCUUCCUUGCGAGUCCCCAGCCGAGACUCGUCGACAUUCUUACCGGAGCCGUCAAGCCCUUACCUCCCUUCCCAGACGAUGAAAGAAUGUCCAUGGAGAAUUUGCGCGGCGUCGUCUAUGGCGAUGGUACUGUUUUUCUCUACAACUUUAUUAACAGGUACCCCUCAGAGUCCAUUACGGGGGCUAUCAUGUGUCCCGGCAGUGUGACCUGGACGGUCAUGACAAAGAGGUUGAAAUCGUUUCGACAACCCUAUGCCAUGUACCAUGAUGGCAAGGUCCUAGUGUUGGAUGGUGAUUCUCUGUGGUGCUUCAUGAUGACGACGGACUUGGAAGCCAACGACGGUGAUGUCGGCAGCAGACUCGAGUCGAGUUGGGAUCUAUAUGGAGAUAUACAUUAUUCUCAUGAAUGUAGCUACAUCUUGGAGUCACACAGUGAGUUGUUGAUGGCAUCCGUCCUUGCGAGACCGUCUUUGUGUCGUUACGAAUGCAGCAAUCCAGAGCCCGCGCUGCGGGUGAUGGUGCGCACAUUGCAGAAAGAGUCUGGCGGUAGCAAGAUGCAGUGGGUGGAGAGAGACAACCGGAGCCUAGGCAACCACAUUAUGUUCCUUGGAACUCCUGCCAGCUUCACGGUGAAGCUGGACGAAGGGGGCGGGUGUGCCUACUUUGUCUAUUGGGGUGGCGUGUUUAGGUACAGCUUUUUCGAUGAUGAAACCAAGGUUGUCAAGAGGUUGCGUCCUGGAUGCUGUGCUGGAGAGGUGUAUGUGUGGCUUCGCCCUAGCCUACAAAUUACUCCCAUCCAAGAAAUUAAAGAGAGGCUAGAGGCUCGAGGCUUGAAACAAGAUGAAAAAGGAUUGCUUUUCGAAGUGAAAUAG